AUGGCCGGAAACGACUCGUUCGCGCUCCCCCUCUCGCUCCCCCUCGAUGACGACGCGACCGACCUCUCCGCGCAUGAGCCCGCUUCCGCCACCGUGCUCUACCUCGAGCUCUUGGCGUGGUUCAAGGUGAAAGCCGCCGCUGGUAUUAGCCACGGCCCAGCAAACGCGGCGUUCAACCCAGCCUGCCCGCCCUGCGCGCGCCUGUCCGCGCACGAGAGUCCAUCCGGCGGCCCCUCCGCCGCGCUUGCGCCCUCGCUCUCCGCCGCCACCGCACUGGCCUCCCCGAGCUACCAAUCCCCGUUCCGCCUUCCGCACCUCACCACGCCUAUCGCCUCCGCCUUCCCCGGGGGCUCCUCCCUUCCGCCCACGCCCACGGCCACAACCCCCUCCCCCGCCUCCACCCCCCUCCAAUCCCGCCGGCUGCUCCCCCACCUGUCCGCGCCGCGUGAGGGCUCUCACGCGCCGUCCCGCGCGCCGCCUUGCCCUGAUGAUGUGGAGGCCGUGAGCGUCGCCACUGUGCUGCCGUGUGACGUCAGCAGCAGCAGCAGAUUCGGCGCAUGGGGAUGGGCGCAGGGGCAAGGUAACGGCCAUGGCGCGAGCAGCAACGCGGAUGAAAGCUGCAUUGGGAAUAAGCACAUGCGAGAAGCAGAAGCAGACGAAUCAGCCGCCGGCGCAGCGAUGGCGGCGGCGGCGGCGCACGCAGUGCAUGGGCUGGCGCAUGUUCCGGAAGGCUUCAUCGUGGCGCACAGCAGCGGCAGCGGCAGCAGCAACAGCAGCGUGUGGGGCGGCAGCAGCAACGGCAGCCGCGGCAGCAUCGGCAGCUGUAGCAGCAGCAUCAGGAGGCGGAGCGACGAGGGGUCCGCAAUUUCCGCCGCCGCCGCGGCCGCUGCCUCCAUCGCUGCUGCUCGCGCGGGGGGGAAGAAGGCGGAACGUGAGGGUGCGGAGUGGGGGGCGGUGGCGGGGGGGAUGGGCGGAAGGGGGAUGGUGCGGUCGUCAACAACAGGGCAGGUGGCAGAAUGGGGCGGGGGAGCGGGGGGAAGCGAGCUUGUGGGAAUCGCGGAAGCGGUUACAGGUGUGGUACCAACGGGAUCAGCGGUUGCAGGAGUGGGCGCGCGCGGUAUGCGGAGGAGUUGCAGUGACGACGAUGGUAUGCGCGGGCAUGGGCGUGGUGGCAAAGGGGGACCCAUGUGGGGAAGCGGAGGGAGCGCGGAAGAGGCGGAGGGGGGGGAGGCGGAAGGGGAAAACACCUACAGCAGCAGCAGUGGUAGCAGUGCAGGAUGGGGUACGGAGGAGGGUAGUGAGGAAGCGAACUAUGGGAAUAGUCGCAGAACCAUGUCUCUGCCGGCGUCAAGGAGGCUCCCUUCCGUUCCAGUAGAAGGCCUAUUGGCCCCGGAGCACGAGCAGGAGUUCCCUCGGCAGCUGCUGCUGCAGCCCCAGCACAUCGGAACUCUGCCACCCCAUGCGCCCCACUCCCCCCAGGUGGAGGCGUUCUGUCGCAACAUGGACAGCGCACGCGUGCGCAUAGAGUCUAUUGACAUCCAGCACGAGUCACGGAACAAGAAUCCCGCACCGCAUGGCGUGCGAAGCGCAGCCAAGGCAGGCUUUCGAACCAAGGCCAUGCACGGAGAGGAUGGGGACGGGGAGGGCGGCGAGGCGGAGGAGGGACAAGGGGAGCAGGAGCAGGAAAAUGGGAAGCGGAGGGAGAGGGAGGAGGUGGCGGGGAUGGAGGCGUGCAGCCGAGUGCUGUUUGCAGUGAAGUUCCAAGGCAUGUCGCUGUGGCAUUACCCUGCCACUGACAGCGUGAAGCCAUUGUUCCGCAUGGCUUCUUGA